CCCGGUCCUCGAGGAGGCGGCGGCGGCGGCGGCGGCGCGCUGAGAGUACUGGGCCGGACGGAAGAAGUUGAGCCCGAGAUAUUUCCGGUUCCGGUGUCAGUUCGAGGCGCCGCCGCCGCUGCCGCAGCCGCCGGAUCCGCGAUGCCUAAAGGAGGGAGAAAGGGAGGCCACAAAGGCCGGGCACGGCAGUACACAAGCCCUGAGGAGAUCGACGCGCAGCUCCAGGCUGAGAAGCAGAAGGCCAGGGAAGAAGAGGAACAAGGAGAAGAAGGUGGAGAUGGGGCUGCGGGGGACCCCAAAAAGGAGAAGAAAUCCCUAGACUCAGAUGAGAGUGAAGAUGAAGAAGAUGAUUACCAGCAAAAGCGCAAAGGCGUGGAAGGGCUCAUCGACAUUGAGAACCCUAACAGGGUGGCACAGACAACCAAAAAGGUCACACAACUGGACCUGGAUGGGCCCAAGGAGCUUUCAAGGAGAGAACGAGAAGAAAUCGAGAAGCAGAAAGCAAAAGAGCGUUACAUGAAAAUGCAUUUAGCUGGGAAGACAGAGCAAGCCAAAGCUGACCUUGCCCGGCUGGCAAUCAUUCGGAAACAGCGGGAAGAGGCUGCCAGGAAGAAAGAAGAGGAGAGGAAAGCAAAAGACGACGCGACCUUGUCGGGAAAGCGAGUGCAGUCGCUGUCCCUGAAUAAGUAGCACGGCCUGUGGGAGGAGGCACCGGGGACCUGGGCCGCUCUGCCAGGACCUCUGCCACGUCUCGCCCACCCUGCCCUGGCGCCGCUGCAGCAGCCCCUCACGGCAAGGAGCCCCCACCCUGGCCUGGGGCCUCCUUUUCAUCUUGGCACAGAAAUCGUUUGGGGGGGGGAUGGUGGGAGGGUGCUGGGGGAAGGGGCAGCUGCCAUCUUUGAGACAGAAAGAUGCGGGACAGCAUUUCAUAUGUAACCAUUGGAAUGUCUUUGCUGUUUUUAGAAUUCAGAACUCUUGUUGGGGGAGCCUGGGAGGUGGGGUAAGAAGAGCUUCCGUUUAUCCCGUAGAUUGCACAGUAGGGGCUGGUUGUGCAGAGGGGCAGCUGCUGCUGAGUUUGCAACAACCAGCCCCAGUCUGUGUUGCCUGGGUGCUCGCUCAGAGGGGCUGUCGUCCAGGAGCCCGUGUCCCUGGAUCCCUGAGGGUCAUGGCUUGUCCCCAGCCAGUCCCCUUCGCCCUUCCCUGCCCCAUUCCCACCCUUCUGGCCAGAGCCAGGGCCCAUUCUUAACCUUGCCCAUUGAUCAUUUCAAGAAACCUCUGUUUACUGUGCAGCACCCAGGCAGAACAUGCUCCACAAGUCCAACUUGUAUAUUUGGCAGAUUAAACUUGACAUUAUCGUAA